GACAAGACGUACAGGAACUGCCAGAUCAUCGAGGAGCUGUUCAAGUCCGGUGGCUGGCAGUCCAUCGCUGACCUUAUUGAUCUGGAGGGCAUCAUCAAGUACAAGGGCGAGUUCCACUUCGUCGAGUCCCUGAAGCAGGAUACAAACGUGGGCUUGCAGGAGCCCGAGCUCUCUUCAUGCGUCAG